GGCUUGGCAAUCUGUCACACAACGCCAGCAGCAAUGACGAUAGACAAUGACCUAUGUGGAGGGAGGGAGUGGAGUUUCAGCUUUCAUGGCUAUACUAUUUGGGCUCUACUUUGCUAUCUGAGUAGUUAAGUGGCGUCGACAGAAGGUGUCACAAUUGGAGUGAACGCCCUCAGAUUUCCGUCAAGUCCAUACGGAAUCUGACUUGAGAGAGGCUAUAAGAAGGCACAAUGUUUCCAUCCGAGACUUGUACUGUGUAUAUCUAUUCAGUCGAUUCUCACCUAAAACGUUACCUCAGGAAGAAAUAAACCAAAUAUCCUUCAAAUAUGGAACUUGUGCCAACGCGAGCGAUAUCAAGCGAACUUGUCUGGGCUGGGGGUCUGCUGCUUUUUUCGAUGGUGAUUGUUCGUUGGAUAUGUCAGAUAAUCUAUAACCUCUAUUUCCAUCCCCUGUCCAAGAUUCCAGGGCCGCCGUUAGCAGCCGCUUCCGAGAUUCCGUUCUGCCGAUGGUCGCUCGUAGGCCAUCUACCUUACAAACUUCUUGAACUGCACAACAAAUAUGGACAUGCUGUUCGCGUUGCGCCUAACGAAGUCUCCUUUAGCAGUGCGCAAUCGUGGAAGGAUAUCUAUGGACAAAAAAAGGGUCAUCGUGAGUUCCUCAAGGGAGCAUUUUACGAUCAUGCUGGUUUCGUCGGCCGCGGAUACAGAUCCAUUGCAAGUGAAAGGAGACCAGAGGCUCAUAAGGAGAUGCGGAAUUACCUUGCCAGUGGCUUUUCCGAGCGCGCCACUCUAGAACAGGAGGUGCUCAUCGCGCCCUUCAUCGAUAAGCUUGUUCGACUAGUUGGCGUUAAAGGCUCAGGGGAAAAGGGGCUGGAUGUGACGACGGCUUUCGAGUCAAUGACGUUUGACAUUGCUUGUGACCUAACUUUCGGCGAGACGUUUGGGGCACUGGACAUGGAAACCCGACACCCCUGGAUAGCUGGUACGCUCGAAGGCAAUGACAGCCUGACACUACUCGACAUUCUUACUCGUUACCCUACCGUAGCAAAGGUCAUCGGCGUAUUUGUGCGCCAGAAACUCCGCAAGAGAAUGGCGGAAGCAGAGAAAAAGGAACAGUUGGAAUACGAAACAACACGAAGACGAAUACAAAGAGAAACCAACCGGAACGACUUCCUCGCCCGCGUCAUUCGGGACCGAGACCCCAACGUCGUGUCGGACAUGCAACUCGCCGCCCACGCCGAGACCCUGAUCCUCGCCGCGAGCGACACGUCUGCCAGCUGUCUAUCCGCCACGCUCUACUACCUGUUGCAAACCCCGUCUGCCAUGGAGACACUAAAGGCCGAGAUCCGAGGUUCUUUCGAGAAGAUGGCGGACAUAACCUACGCUUCUACACUCGAGAUGCCGUAUCUCUGCGCGGUCAUCCAGGAGUCGCUGCGCAUUUUCCCUCCCGUACCCGUUGGCCUCCCGCGCCUAGUCCCCGAUGGCGGCGACACCGUCGACGGGUACUACCUCCCCGGCGGAGUCGUCGUCUACACGAGCCCGAUCCCCGCCAGCCAAUCCCCGGCCAACUUCCACGACCCGUCGGCGUUCAAGCCGGAGCGGUGGAUCCGGCCCAGCGGCUGCUGUGAUGCUCGAGAUGCGAGCCAGCCGUUUUCCCUCGGCAACAGGAGUUGCCUGGGCCGCAACCUCGCGUGGCUGGAGAUUCGGACGACGGUUGCGAAGUUGGUUUGGGUGUACGACUUGGAGGCUGUGGAUGCGAGCGUGGAUUGGCCGAGGAUGUCGCAGCCGCUGGCGCUGUGGCAUAAGGCGGCGUUGAUGGUUCGGGCUAGGAAUAGGGGGGUUGUGCUUGAGUAAGCGUUAGGGAUGAUUCCAAAUGGGUAGUUAUUGUCACUUAAGGCAUGUCAAGGAGAUGUGGGAUAUAGCUGGAUGCGAGACUGUGAACGAUGCUAUGACUACUCCUUGAUCCUUCUGGUACUUAACAAUAAAUUGAGCUUCACCAUUAG